AUGGGAACUUGGGACUGCCUCGGGCGAUUUUAUAGAGAAGGAAUGUGGAAGGGGUUUCACUAUUACUGGCAUGUGAAACAGCAAGGCAUAUGCUUACAAGAUGCUGAGUCUCUUUGCUAUAAAUGGGGAACCACAAGCAAUGGGAAGGGGUUGCAAGAACAGUCCGGUAGUGAAGACACCUGUCAAUCCGGGGCCGCUGCCUCCGGGAGUGCUGCGAGAGCAAUGUUUAUAACAAAGGAGACAUGCCAUCAGAGCCAUACUGCUGAUGCCAUUAAUGCUAUGUUAAAUGAGAAGUACGUUCCACAUGUUAGAUAUACGUUGCAGUUUCAAGAAUCCUUUGGUUGCUGGAACAAUUUCAUUGUUCAGAUCCCAGUGAGUUUGCAAGUGGCCUUGUUGGGCAUGUAUGGUGCAGAAGAUUGGAAAAACAAACUGAAGAGGAGUGAGCAAUCUCAACAGGGUUUGUGCAUAAUUGACAAGGGUGAGCGACAAGUAAUAGUGUUGGGAAAUUACAUGGAGGAACUACAAGAAGAAAUGAAAUUUGAUGGAGUUUCUUUUAGAGCUCAGACUAAAUCAUCGUUACCUUACUACGUGAGUUAUCAACAAAAGCCAGAUUCCGCAGCAAGAAAAGUUCAGAAGAAUUUGGGGUCAAGCAAUAGACCUUUCAGUUCUUACAAACAAUCAUUGAAGAUGCCAGAAAGCCCUAACCAGACUAUGGAGUUUUUGUGUAGAUCGUGGAGCCCUUCUGCCUCUGACUUCCUAGACCUAUUUCCAUCAAGUAACUUCUUGUUGCCGGAAAGUGUCAAAGAUGAGACAGAGGAGCGUGAAGAAGAAGGGGUAGGGGAAAAACUGAAGGAGGAGUAUGAGAAAGAAAGAACAGAGGAAACACUGAAGAACACUGCACAAAGGAACAGAAUCAUAGCCAGAAAGGGAAAAAACUAUAGAAUGGACUUGAAUCAUAUGAUGGAAUGGCUAAAAGGCAAAUCACUAACUAGCUUAUUAAGAUCACAUAGAGAAAAGAAAAAAGAGGAAAUGCGAUUCCAAACAGCCAAGUUACACGCCGCCCUUUCUCUCACCCGGCUUGCUGCAGCAAUUGCUGGCUUUUCUACCAAUGUAAGCAUAGAUAUCCAAGACACUAAUCACUUUGAUUGUGGAGGAACUGGAGAUUGGAACCAGGACAAAGGUGUUGUAGUUGCCUCGGCUGCAGCAUUGAUGACCACGGUAUGUGCUGAGGCUGCAGAAUCUCUGGGAGCACAGAGAUCCCAAGUUGCCUGUGCUGUAAACUCAGGCCUGGCCAUCCAAACUCCAACAGACAUGAUCACAGUGACAGCUACUGCCGCAACAUGUUUAAGAGGAGCUGCAGCACUCAAAUCAAGAGCCUUGGCAGACUCCUACUCUCCAAGGAGCCAAGACAUACUGAAAGUAGGUGCUCAAAUAUGCAUAAUCAUGCCCUCUGGUCAAAAAGAAUACAAAUUGGUCAACAUUUAUCUCAAGUACGAUCAGCUCACAUUGAGCUUCAGAAAGAAGUAUUUGGGAGGUGCCCUAACAACUUCAAAGCAAUAUAAAGUAAUCAACAUUACAGAGGAACCCAAGGCGGGCCAAGGCAGCUUCCUUCUCAGCUUGAAAACUGAUAAAGGUAUUAUCAGGCUGCUGUUUGAAGAUGAAAAGCAAUCUACUAUUUGGAAAACAACCAUUUCCAAUCUCUUAAAGAUCUGCAACCCUCGGUGA